AUGUCAUUAAUCCCAUUACCUGAAUCGUUGAUACCAUUCCUAGAUCCUUAUUUACCUAACAUAAAAGUCACCACCACUAACAAUGGAUCUUUGAAACGUCCAUUUGUUACAUUAACAUAUGCACAAUCUUUAGAUUCUAAAAUAGCAGCUCAACCAGGUACACAAACUAAAUUAUCACAUUUGGAAACUAAAACAAUGACACAUUAUUUAAGAUCCAAACAUGAUGCAAUAUUAGUUGGUAUUGGGACCAUUUUAGCUGAUGAUCCGAAAUUGAAUUGUCGAUACAUUUUUGAAUCGGUGAAACCAAAUGAACAAAUGAUUUCGCAUCAAAUCAGACCAGUUGUAAUUGAUCCUCAUGGUAAAUGGCAAUAUCAUCAAAGUCAAUUGUGUCAAAUUUGUCAACCGUCAACAACAACAACAACAACAACAAAAAAAAAAAAAAAAAACUCUGAAUCAUCACCAGUAUCAGUACCAGUACCAGCCGGUUUGGCUCCAUUUAUAAUCAUUGAUGAAUCAACUAUACCUAAUAUUGAAUCAGAAAAAAUGGUGAUUAAACAAGGUGGGAAAUAUAUUAAAUUACCAUUAUUAUUAUCAACGACGACUAAAACUAAAAUAUCUGAUAAUUGGCGGGAAAUCUUACAAAAAUUAUAUCAAUUGGGAUUAAAAUCUAUUAUGAUUGAAGGUGGUGCUAAAAUUAUUAAUGAUUUAUUAUCAAUUAAUAAUAGUACUGAUGAUGAUGAUGAUGAUGAUGGCCAGAAGCUUAUUGAUAGUGUAAUUAUUACUAUUGCUCCUGUGUUUCUUGGUUGUAAUGGUGUUACUGUACAUCCUUAUCAUAAUGUUUUACUAAAAGAUAUUAAUUGGUGGACAGGAAUUCAAGAUAGUAUAAUAGCUGCUAGAAUUGAUUAUCAUCAAUAG